AGGACAGUAUUGCUUGUACUGCAGCAGGUGAAGUUUGCCUAAAGCAAAGAUGAAGUCCUUCUUUUUUUUUGGGACAUUGCUGGUCUGUGGUCUGGUUGGAUCCCAGGAAACCAUAGAAAGCCAGCUCCAGCAGGUCAUGGCCAGACUGGAGAAACUUGAGAGGGAGAAUGAAGACAGAGCCAACAGCUCUCAAGUGGCGUUCUCUGCUGCACUCAUCGAGUCGCAGACUUGGACCUCCGUGGGGCCUUUUGAUCGUUAUCACACACUGGAGUUCAAGAAAGUGAUAACGAACAUUGGCAAUGCGUACAAUCCAGAGACAGGAAUUUUCACAGCCCCAGUGAAAGGACUCUACUACUUCCGGUUCACCGGAGUAGUCGGCAGGACAGGGAAGCUGAACGCAGGACUGAAGAAAAACGGUGAGAACAUUGUCGCAAUCUACCACAAAGCAGGGACACAAGCCAGCGCUUCCAACGGAGUGGCACUGGAGCUGGAGGAGGGGAACCGGGUCUACGUCCAGAUCUGGGAGAACGACCUGACCAUUGCAGAUCAAAGCCGGCUCAGCACCUUCAGCGGCUUCCUUGUCUUCCCUCUUUGAGGGAAACCCCUGAACACCAAAACGCAUGAUGUCAUCUUUUGAAUGUUUUGUGUAACUGAGUUGAAAACUAUAAACAUAACAAAAUAAAAACAUAACACUCUAUCAA